AUGUACCUCACUGCAUCGCUCUUCUUUCCAUUUACUGUUCAGCGCGAAUGCAUCAGCGUCCAUGUCGGUCAGGCCGGUGUCCAGAUGGGGAAUGCAUGCUGGGAGCUUUAUUGCCUGGAGCAUAACAUUCAGCCGGAUGGUCAUAAGCCUGGCGAAAAGGGCUGCGGUGGCAGUGACGAUUCGUUUAACACCUUUUUCAGUGAGACUGGCUCCGGAAAGCAUGUGCCUCGCUCUGUAUUUGUUGACCUCGAACCCUCAGUGAUCGACGAGGUGCGCGCCGGCACCUACCGUCAAUUGUUCCAUCCGGAACAGCUGAUUACCGGGAAGGAGGAUGCUGCCAACAACUAUGCUCGUGGGCACUACACCAUCGGCAAGGAGAUUGUUGACCUGGUGCUCGAUCGAAUCAGAAAGCUCGCCGACCAAUGUACCGGACUACAAGGCUUUUUAAUCUUCCAUUCUUUCGGAGGAGGCACUGGAUCUGGAUUCACAUCCCUUCUGAUGGAACGCCUUUCAGUUGAUUAUGGCAAGAAGUCGAAACUCGAGUUCUCCGUGUAUCCGGCACCUCAGAUCUCCACAGCCGUUGUAGAACCGUACAAUUCCAUUCUCACCACACAUACCACAUUGGAGCAUUCAGACUGUGCCUUUAUGGUAGACAACGAGGCGAUAUACGAUAUCUGUCGCGCACUAUUUGUGCCGGUUCUAUUCACUCUAUCAAGUUAUAUAACUACACUCAUCUUCUACAUUUUGGUGAACUUCAGUCGCAAUUUAGAUAUCGACCGGCCGACCUACACAAACCUCAACCGGCUGAUUGGCCAGAUCGUAAGCUCAAUCACAGCCUCGCUGCGCUUUGAUGGGGCGCUCAACGUCGACCUUACCGAGUUUCAGACCAACCUGGUGCCUUAUCCACGUAUCCACUUCCCUCUGGCCACCUACGCUCCGGUGAUCUCAGCGGAGAAGGCCUACCAUGAGCAGUUAAGUGUAGCUGAGAUCACAAACGCCUGCUUUGAACCAGCCAACCAAAUGGUGAAAUGCGACCCUCGUCAUGGCAAGUACAUGGCCUGCUGCAUGUUAUACCGGGGUGAUGUAGUGCCCAAAGAUGUAAACGCUGCCAUCGCCUCUAUAAAAACUAAAAGAAGCAUCCAAUUCGUCGAUUGGUGCCCCACUGGAUUCAAAGUGGGAAUAAACUACCAACCACCUACUGUGGUACCUGGAGGCGAUCUGGCAAAAGUACGCAGGUCUGUUUGCAUGCUGAGCAACACGACGGCCAUUGCGGAGGCAUGGGCGAGAUUGGAUCACAAGUUUGAUUUGAUGUACGCUAAGCGCGCCUUCGUUCACUGGUACGUCGGGGAGGGCAUGGAGGAAGGCGAGUUCUCAGAGGCUCGUGAAGACUUGGCCGCCUUAGAAAAGGACUAUGAAGAGGUCGGUGUGGACAGCAUUGAAGGAGAGGGCGACGGCGAGGGUCAGGAAUAUUAG